UGUUAGCCUGCUAGCUUUUAAACGGAGUUAAAGACGAACCGCUGAAUAAAGGGCAGAAAUAUUUAUGGCAAAGCCAGAUCACAAGACCUCCGUGUGGAGACUCUGACUUCCACCGGUGACCACGAGCAUUUCAUCAUUUUUCAGAAUGUCACCACAGAAAAGACCUCUUGUCUCGAUGAGCAGUCGGCGGAAAGCAGCUGAAGACUACUUCCCUUUCAACUCCCUCCCGGUGGAGUGCCAGCUGCACGUCUUGUCCUUCUUGAAUGAGGUAGAUAAAUGCAACUGUGCUCUGGUUUGCCUGAGCUGGAGCUGCCUUGUCCGAUCGUGGAAGCUGUGGCGAGUUGCAGACUAUUCUCGUCGUGGCGUCUUUCAUCUUGGUCAGGAGGGGCUGCUAGUCUCUAACCGUGAGUUCGAGAGAUGGAAGUCCUGGGUCCACCACUACACGCACCACCUGAUCUCCCGCCGGGCCAGCCUGCUCACACUGAAGGCUAGCUUCGACCUCGGGGAUCGCUGCAACAAGUGGAGUGAGCUGUUGAGCCACUUGCUAAAUAAUGUCCACUGCAGAGACCUCAGUCACCUGGAUCUCAACUGGACCUUUACCCUCUUUGAGCCUCUGGACCUCAGAGUCCACUCCAGCUCCAGUUCGCACCAGGACAGCAUAACCAAAAUGGAUCAGGUGGCCAGCUUCCAGGAGCUGCUGAGCAAACUCACCCACAGCUGCCCGCGGAUCUCCAAGAUGCGCUUACAUUUUGACUGGUCAGAUUUGUCAGUGUCGCUGCUCACCCAGUUCCAGCAGCUGCGAACCCUCGAGCUGAAAUAUUUCUGGGUCUUUAAGCUAGUGACUCCGUCGACGCUGCAGACGCUGACCAAAUCCCUCCCCAACCUGAAGUCUCUAACUUUACACAUCAUGGUGCCGUUGAGGAACCUCGGCAUCUCCUACACACUGGAGUCUAAGAGUCUGGAGUUCCUGGACGUGUCGCCCAGCCGAGGCUUGGUCUUCUCCUGCCUGAAGCUGCCAGCUCUGCGGGAGCUUCGGGCUAAGAAGAUCGGUCGCGGCAUUACGCUGGACCGGAAGACCAGGCUGCGCAUCCAGAGCCGGUGGCCCUGCCUGUACCACGUCCUCUGGAAGGGGACACCAAAGCUUCAGGCCCUAAACAACGAGAGGCUCCUUCCUUCAUGGAGAGAGACCUGCUACAGGGAGCUGUCUGCCAUCCUGGAACAGUCCUGCUACUGUGUUCAGCAUCUAGACAGCUGGCUUUGGUAG